UUCUUAUGAAUUGUUAUUAUGAGUGGUAAAAUUGUUAAUUUAAAUAGUAAUAGGUACAAACCCAUUGAAAUAAUAGGUGAAGGAUCAUAUGGUAUUGUGAUGAAAUGCAAAGAUCGGCUAACAAAUGAAAUUGUUGCAAUAAAAAAAAUAACAGAUUCCUAUUUCUAUAUGCCUCAAGUAUUACGUGAAUUUAUGGUACUUAAAAUACUUAAUAAACACAUAAAUGUGAUAAGACUUUUAAAUAUUUUCCGUAUAAAAAGUUGUUUGUACAUUGUUUUUCCAUACAUGGAUUAUAAUAUGGGCCAGUACAUUAAUAAAUAUCAUCCAAAUGGCCUGGGAUAUGAUUUAACAAAAGAAUUUAUGAUACAAGUGAGAAUUUUAGUUGUUAAAAAAUAUAGCAAAAUUAAAAUUUAGUUUUUAGAUAAUCAAUGGUAUUGAUUACAUGCACAGAAAUUAUGUUGUGCACAGAGAUAUUAAACCAGAAAAUAUACUGAUAGCGAGUAAUGGUGCAGUAAA